AUGUGGGCGCGUAACCGUAUAACGUUCGCUUGCAAAAUAAACGGAUCAUCAAAAUGUAACCAGCAAUGCUCCACAGAUAGGCAAGACAUUUUGAGCCUCGGAAUCUCGCAUAAUCUCCCGAUAAGAGCCCCUCUCCUAGCAACGAAAUUAACGGUGGAACCUCCGGGAUGGAACAGCGUCAAUAUUGGCUCAAGCAGGCAGCGCUCAAGGAUGGAAGGGGUGCUGGAGGGAGGGCUGUUUGAUGUGUACCAUCAAAAACGUUCAUGCAACGGCGAAUUAAAAACGAACCUUGCCAUCGACCGGAGUGCAUUAACAGGAGUGGUUGCAUGCUGCACUUGUCGGGAAUCGAUCCAGGGCUUCAUGCUCCACUAA